AAAGCCUAUAGGUAUACCUGUCAAUCAUAUAUUAAGAACAAUUACUUUUUAUUUUCUAGCAAAUCGAAGUCUGCCAAGACGACCAGGAGUCCAAAAACACUAAAAAAGAAACCUUCUUCCAAAUGCAACAAGAUGGAGGAGAACAUCCUCAGCCGUGCAGCCAUGGAGAACCUCUACUACAUGUCCCACAAUGCACCAGACUGUCUGGAGUGCAGAGGGUUUGGGUGGCCAAAUUCCCAAAAGAAGGGAACAAAACAGAAGAGAAGACAGAUAAGAUCUGCCAAACAUUAAAGGGUUAUAGCGCCAUCUGUUGAAAGAGCAUUUUUAGUGCAAGAGUUGAUGCUCAAAGGAAUGAGAUGAUGUUUUAAUGUCAUUUUCUGUAACUUUAUUGUAGGCUUGAGGAAUGAGAACAAUGUUUGUGAAGGUGUAGCAAAAUGUUUGGCAGUUACUAAAAAUUCAGACUGUAGUUAAAUUAUGUUGUACAUCUCAAUGCACUUUAAACAUUAUCAUCACACUGCAUUAUACAAAAAAAAA